AUGUCAGUUCGAAGCUGCCUAUUUUUAUUAUCGUAUCGUUUUCGUUAUAUAAUAAUUAUAAUUCUAUCAGGUAGUUUUUUCUUUCUAUUUAAUUGGACUUCAACUUCUAUAUCUACUCGAACGUUUAUCAAAUCUUUCAUUACAAAUAAUUUAACUAUUCAACAUUCAUUAAUAAAUCAAACAUUAUCUCAACAGCAAUUUCCAUUUACUAAUCGUACAAUAAAUAUAAAAACUACUCGUAUUGUUCGUUUAGCUGUUGUAUCAGCUAUUUAUAACGAUGAUUAUAUUGAAGGUAUCGAAGUUCUUGGUUAUAGUCUUCGACGAAUAAAUAUUCAAGCUGAUCUAAUUCUUUUCUAUAUUUCAAAUCGAUUAAAUCAAUUAACAUUGAAUCGAUGUCGUAAAGCUGGUUGGUAUUUAUGGUCUGUUGAACGUAUUAAUCCACCACGAUUUGCUAUUAUUUAUCAACGUUUUCAUGAUCAAUAUACAAAAUUACAUAUAUGGUCUAUGAUUGGUUAUGAUCGGAUAUUAUAUCUUGAUGCUGAUACACUUGUUAUACAUGAUAUCAAUGAAUUAUUGACUGGAACUAUUUUUGAAGAUAAUCAGGAUGGAUUAUUAGGUGCAGUAGAAGAUGUUUGGCAAGGAGAAAUAGGACCUAAUUUUAAUGCAGGUGUACUUCUUAUUCGUCCAAAUAUGACUAUUUUUAAUGAUAUGCUUAUAAAAAUACAUAAUAUGGCUGCUUAUGGUUCUUAUUGGGCAGAACAAGGAUUUCUUAAUUGGUAUUUUAAAGGAAGUACCGGACGUUUGCCAUUGAUCUAUAAUUUUAAUAAUGUUCUUGCUAUUUAUCAUCAUGAUAUUUAUAUACGAUUACGAGAUCGUAUGAAAAUAAUUCAUUAUACAGCGUAUAAACCAUUUCAUAUUACGAAAUCUAAUCAAUUAUCUAAUCCGGCAUUAAUUGAAUUAUGGAAUAUAUGGCGUCAAAUGCAUGAUGAUAUGCUCAAUCAAUCGUUUAUUUCAUAA